AUGUCAUUAAAUAAACUUCGUGAUGAAGUACUUUCUAAUCAAGCUGGCGAAGAAAGAGUUGAAAUUAAUCAAAGACACUUAAUUGAUAAAAUUUUAGCAAGAUAUUCCAAUGAAUUUGUUGUUUAUAGAGAAUUAUUACAAAAUUCUGAUGAUGCUAAAGCUACAAACAUUGAAAUAAUAUUUGAGACUAAAAAGCCUAAAAAUGUUAGCAUGUCGGAUAAAUGUGUGAGAAUAUUGUUCAAAAACAAUGGUUUUUUAUUUAGGCCUGAAGAUUGGAAUAGAUUGAAAAAAAUUGCUGAAGGAAAUCCUGAUGAACAAAAGAUUGGUGCCUUUGGUGUUGGAUUUUAUUCCUUGUUUUCAGUUUGUGAUGAUCCUUUUGUAUCAUCAGGUACACAAGCUAUGGCCUUUUAUUGGCGUGGAGAUCAAUUAUUUUUUAAACGAAAGGAUAUCAAACAGAAUGAUAAUAUUUGGACAACAUUUUUGAUGGAUACUAUUGAAAAUGGAAAAAAAUUACCUGAAAUAGAAGUUUUUGGACGUUUUCUAGUAACUUCACUGGGCUUCACAGGGAAUCUUAAUAAAAUUACAGUCUACUUUGAUAACAUCCAAGUAAUUCAAUUAACAAAAAAAAUGGAUGUACCACGACCAAUGUCAAUCAAACAUGGAAUAAAAAAAAAUUCACCAAAUAAUCUGUUUGAAUUGAAAUCAGUUAAUGUCUACAAAGCUCAAUUAGAUGUUAAUAUCUUAAUUACUUCAACAAAAUCUCCAAUAAAAAAUUUUUUAUCUGGAAAAUCCACAAUUUUCCUAAAAAUUGCUAGUGGUAAUGUUGAUUUAAAGAUUCCAGAGCCAUUUCGUGUGGAAAUGGAACGUGCCACCAAGAAAUGGCCUCCAAAAAAUACAAAGAUACAAAUGAUUUUUACUAGUUAUGAUGAACAAUGUUCUUCAGAUCAAAAUAAAUAUAUUUCAAAUGUAUUCAGAGAUUUAUUGGCAUUCCCUGAACAAGGUAAAAUAUUUAUAGGGUUUCCUACUUUUCAAACAACUGGUUGUUCUGCGCACCUUGCAGCUAGACUAAUUCCUACAGUUGAACGUGAAUCAGUUGAUUUGGCACAUAAAACCCUAGCAAAAUAUAAUGAAGGAAUGUUAUCUUUAGCUGGUACAUUGUCUCGUAUAAUAUAUGAAGAUGAGCUGAUACAAAUUUCAAAACUGUACAAGAGCUUGUUUGGUUCAAAGCCUGCAACAUUUCAAAAGAAAUCUGAAUUUGAAGAUUUUCAAAAACGUGUAGCACAUGUUUUGGCACAUUUUACAUUUAAACAAAGUACACCUAGAAAUGAGAUCUCAACAAUCAGUGAAUCACAAUUUUUUAAUUGUAUAUCAACUCCAUUACCAAUAUUAUCUACUCAUGGUAUUUUACCAAUUGAAUCUAUUAGAAUACCAACCCCUGAAACAGUGCUUUUUAUCAAGAGCAUCCCAAUUGUUCCACCAUUAUUGUUAAAUAAAUGUUGUGAAUUUUUCAAAAAAGCAAAAGAUACUUUAAAGCUCAUGUCUGAAAUCUCAAUAAAUGACAUUUUUAAGGAAUUAGAAGGUCGUGCAUUAGAUGAAGACGAAAUAAUAAGUUUAUUGAAAUGGUGGAUAGGUUAUGAACCUAAAAAUUUAGCUGAAACGGAUCUUUCUUCAUCGAAUCUACCUUCACGUUGUAAAUGA